GCUCUGCUAGUGCUCACACGGAUAUAUCCUGUGCAUAUCGACAACUCAAGACAAUGGCACAAGACAGAAGCAGACGUCGCAUUGGCCCCCCAGUGGCGUCUGUCACCAACGCCCUCGCUCUACUCUUGAUUAUAUGCUUGGUUGAGUGUGCGUCAGAGCAGAGUAUUGUCAAUAGGGGCAGCAAGUUCACGAACCUAGUCGCGAAAAACAACGGGUGGCGUGCCACUCGCGGAGGUUCGUGCUUAAGUUACGGACAUUCCUGUUGGGGAGCUCACGGAAAGAGAUCAGCUAAACCGCCUGCUGCGGCCCCCGAUUGGUUCAUCGCGAAGCUUCUUCUUAACAUGGACUCUAACGGUGAACUGAACCGCGCUCGCUCACCAAACUUGCAUAACGAGGACUCUAACGCCAUCUACCAAAUGGAUCCCCCAGACUACUCGCCAACUGCCGGCCGUUUAGUAUCUGAACCAUAUGAGCUGCCAUUGGAGCUGACGUACAACAGAAACAGGAACACCGAGGCCAAGCCGAUGCUCGACAAAGAUUUCUUGUCUAAAUUGAAACUAUGGCAGAUAAUGAGAGCGGCGUCCCAAGAGUGAAUGGAAAAUAACAUAAAUGAAUGGACUGAUUUAUUAAGUUUACCGCGUAUUUUCUUCUAAAUUUAAGUUCAAAUGUUAUAUAAAUUUUAUUUAUAGUUAAUACUCUAAUGUUUAUGUCAAUUGUAAGGCUGGGUUACAAUUGGCACUAGGUCUAAUAUAGUGUUAAGCAAAUGUGCCAUUUCCUAUAAAAUAUUAAAUGUACUAGUUCCAGCUUAAAAAUAUUGUCUCACAAGAGGUGAAAACUGCAAAAAAGUACUUUAAAUGAAAUCAAAAUCACAUUGUUCUAUGAUAGUAU